CAAAGUCGGCACUAAAUAGUGGUCACUCAAAACUCGGUUUUUCACUCCGCUGCUGCCUGGGUUUUGCAUUAAUCCCAUUAGUUUUGCAAAUAUUUCAAGAAAUUGGAAACACUUUUUAAAGAAUGGCGAAUCGCACAGUGAAAGAUGCCAAGUCCAUCAAAGGCACGAAUCCACAGUACCUCGUGGAGAAAAUUAUUCGGUCCAGAAUCUACGAUAGCAAGUACUGGAAGGAAGAGUGUUUCGCUCUCACAGCUGAGCUCCUCGUCGACAAGGCUAUGGAAUUGCGCUUCAUCGGAGGCGUCUUCGGGGGAAACAUAAAAGUCACCCCGUUUCUCUGUCUGACCCUUAAAAUGCUCCAGAUUCAACCUGAGAAGGAAAUUAUUGUGGAAUUUAUCAAGAAUCAGGAUUUCAAAUAUGUUCGAGUUCUGGGUGCGUUUUACCUCCGACUUACGGGAAGCUCGUUGGAUUGCUACAACUACCUCGAGCCACUCCUGAACGAUUAUAGAAAGAUAAGAGUGCAGAACAGAGAAGGAGUCUUUGUAAUGAGCUAUGUGGACGAAUUUGUGGACGAACUGCUUCGAGAAGAACGAAGCUGUGACAUUAUUUUACCCCGGAUGCAGAAACGAACCAUUCUAGAAGAAAAUAAUCAGUUACAGCCUAGAAUAUCCGUCUUAGAAGAGGACGAUGACGACGAUGAUGACAUGGAUAUGGAGGAGUCACGAGAAAUGGAUAAGAAAUCGCCACAAAAGUCGUUGAUGAGGCCACCAGUUAGUAAAUCUAAGGACGAGGGGAGGCAAAGGCGGUCUCGCUCUGCAGAGUCACCCUCAUCAGGUGAAAGGAGACGAAAGAAAGAGCACGAUCGUGAAAAGAAACGGGAAGACCGACUCACGGAGCAUAGAACACGAAAAGAGAAUACGAGAGGGGAUGAGGAGCACGAUCGCAGAGGCAGAGAUCGGUCAGAUCGGCACAGGGAUGACCGCAAGUCGGACAAGUAUAGUAGCAGCAGCGGGAGUAGGGAUCGACCACGGGAGAGGGAUCGAGAUCACGGGAAAGGGAGAGAUGAUUACCCAAAAGGCAGCAGGGACGAGGGUGGACGUAGCAGUCAUCGCGACAGAGAUCGAGACCGUGGUGAAAGUGAUAAUAGGCGAGAUCGAGGAGACAGUGAUCGACACAGGAGCAGCCGCAGAUAUGAUUAUUAAAUAAACAAAUUAAUAUUUAAUUAAUCAACACGUUUUUAUUAUUGCAAGUAAUUAUCAUAAGUAAUUAGUUAGUUAGUAAGUAUUUCCUUGUCCUUAAAUAUAUCUUCUUUGAUACAGAGUGACACUUAAAGCUUUCUCAUUAUUUAUCUUGUUUUUUUGUACCAAAAUAGAUUGUCAAAUAUUAAACAAAUUUUCUAUCUUUCCAACGAAAUUUUCACUACGGUCUUUUUUUAUUGUAUACAUUAUUUACCUUCUAGUGAUGAUUUUCUAAUUUUCUACAUAAAUAUACAGAGUCUAUACUAGUCUGGAACAAUAAGAGAAAGCAAAUGUCUCAAAGUCUAGUUUUUAAACGUGUUUAUUGGGAAUAAUACAAACCAGACAGAAA